AUUUUCAGAUGCGGUAAGACCCAAUUUAUAAACACAACACACUGUCUUUGCUGAUGUACCCCUUCUUCCACAGAUCCCAAAGGUUUCGCUAUUCGAUUCUGUGUUUUCUUUCGUUGGUCUCCCAUUCUCAUAUCCUAAAAACAUUAAAAACUUUAGACCACUCUCUGGGCAAUCGUUUAGCGGCAUCUAGGUGGACAUCAGUGAAGAAAAGGGAAGUUUGGUUGCAAACAUCAAUGGGGAAGUUUUCGAUAAAAAGAUUCAAGAUGCCAGAGAUGCCAGAGAUAAAGUCUCUUGAAUUUGAUGAUAUUAAAACUCACGUCGCGGGAGAUAACGAGCAAUAUACCGGAGAGUCUAAGUCGAGUUACAGUUCCUCAUCCACGGUCAACGGCAAGACAGUGAGCAGCGGCGGAGUUAGCGAGUUGACAAAUGACGGAAAAGCCGUCGAAGAAAAGGUCAUGGAAUACAAAGAUGGCGAUUAAAUAAAUCCAGCGAUUAUUCACGAAUAAAAAAAAUUAAGUCAAAAAUAUUAUUUCACAAAAGGGGAUUUUAAAUUGUUAAAAAUAAAACGUUAAUGUUUUUCAUCUCUGCAUUGUAUAGUCAAAUUUACGUAAUAGUUCUUUUUUUGUUCAAAUUUGUGUUAUUUUGUGACUGUUUGUGCGAAAAUAUAAAUUUUUUUCAUUCACAAGUUUUAGAUGUGAAGAAAAUUAAAGUUAAAUCAAGUCAUUAAUUGUCUUUUUUCAAAACGGACAUCAUUAUUUCAGCAGUACUUACGACCUUUGAGCCGUGUUAGUAAAUUAGCUAAGGAAUUCAAGAAAUGUUAUCUGCGUAGUUUUUACUAUUAAAAUUAAAUUAAAUAUUAUUAAAUUAAAAUUCUACAAACCGUCAA